CUCGAGUCCAUUCAUCUGUGAUAUUCAUUGAAGAAUCCUCGUGGUCCUUGGAAUUUUGAGAAGGAACUUGCAAAGGAGGCGUGGUCCAUGCUCAGCUUUUGAAAAGGAUGUUCCUCUCAACCUCAAAACUUCGUCUGUUGCUGUCUACUUUGCUGUUUGCUGCUGCCACGGUUGCUGCUGCACCAGCAGAACAGCCUACACUGCCAGACUGGAUCAAUUGCGAGGAUGACCCAGAGUGGGGACGCUUUCGUCGGAUGGUUGCACAAGAUUAUGUGGUCAUGCAUUCAUUUCUUACCCAUCUUCAACGUUGAUGUUGUAGCGAUCACAAAUUAUAUCUGUGAUAACAGAAAACAAGUACCCCUUUUUAAGUUUUCACCAGAAGAACUAGUUGCAUGAUGACGCUGUAUAUUUACUCUGCUCUCAUCUAUCACAAGCUGUAUCUGAUCACGGAAAGAUCAAGAUUCUUGGAUCUUUACUUAAGAUCGUUUCCACCUGGCUCUAACAAGAACUGGGUGCACACGAGAUGGUACCUACACCAGCAUUGGUGGAAGCAGCGCAAGAAAUCUUUGAACGAAAAGUAACAGGGAAAUCUACUAUGCCCGACGAACAAUUUUACAUGGGCUAUGCGCCAGUCAUGCAAGACUUCUUUCAUUAUGAAGCACACAAAGGAUAAGAAAAGCAGCCGGUUAGUUUUCCCUCAUAUGUCCUAGGUGAGUCCCUUCAUCCAUUUCAUUAGGGGGGUGAAUGAACGAUACAGGCUGAAGCGCAAAUAAAUAUAAUACUUACACGAAUACUAGACGAUGAUACUUAUACAUCGCAAGAAGUUAUCAACAUUUUUGAAAGUUACAAUUCAUCGUUACCGCUCUCCUACUAGUAAUAGCCCAGCAUCCCACGUUUCUAUUGUCGAAGCCACCCCUCUCAUUUUCUAACAUAAAGGUUGUAGUCAGCAGAAGAUUACCCUUCCCCUCUAACGUAAAGGUUGUAAUCAGCAGAAGAUUACCAUACCUUCUUGUCUCUACGGUGUGGUAACGGCAAUGUGGAUCCUUUCUUUCGCGCAACUUCAGUCCAGCCAAAUCGAGGAAGCGGAUUAUGGCUGUGGUUUUUUGCUGUGCCUUAUCGAUAGUCAUGGUUUUUCCUGAAUACUACUGUAAACAACUACUCUUACUACUCUCGCAGUUCCUUUGUGCCUCUACAAAUCAAUUUCCUCCACUACAGGCUUUUUGGAAUUUCGUAACGAGCAGAAUUAUUGUAAAGUUUGUGUCUCUGAAUCACGAUAAAAAGACUACUUUCACAUCCCGCGUACUCUGCAACACGCGAAGUUUCUGCUGGGUGGGCACACGCGUUACUGCCUAGAUUUCAUGGAUGCUUCUCAUUGGACUGUCUCGAGUGUGGACAUUUUGGCGCAGAACACGCAAGCUGGCUUUCGGCCUCCACUCUCACUGCCACCGGUAGUGAUUCCUCCUUCACCAAUAAGAUUGGAUGGGAUCUUCACUUUGACCGAUUAUAGGGUACUAGUUAGUGCUGGACAACAAGAACUACUCCCUGGCAAGAACAUGAACUACGUUGAAAAAGAAGAUCACCGGGCGGCGGGAUCGGAGUCUUCUUUGCGUGUGUGGGAGAUCGGAGUGCAUGCGAGUCUGACAGCAGAACCUCUGAAUUUGUGGGCAGGAUUAGUAACCGGAAGAUUCCACUUCGCAACACUGAUCGAAGACCAGUAUCCACCAUGGUUGCCGGAGAAGUGGUCUUCUCUGUAUGCGCAGAACUUUGGUGGUGGAACAUUAGUAGACCGGUCUCCGACUGUGCGAGCGUUGCAAGCUUUGUUUCGCGCAAGGGUGCCGCGGUCAGCAACCUCGAAAGAUCCUGUGGAAGACCUGGACCUGCUGAUUUCCGAAUUCCGAGAAAUCAUAGCAAAUUCCGAUGAUCCCUUGCCGGAUAUUUUUCUUUGCAGCGUAUUUGUCUUUUGCACAUUACCGGAACAUCGUGACGCUGAGGUGGUUGAGAGAAGAGGCCUACUUCUUCCUGGAUUGAUAGGUUUUUUCGGCCACCCACUAUUGUUCAUGGUCUCACCGGCACAGCGCGAGCACGUGUUUCACAAUUUUCUCACGUUGUGGUCAAGCCCCAAAACGGUCCUCACGGUGUCAGAUCCUUUUUUGCAGAUGCAGUAUGAAUAUCAGACGGGGAAAAUAUUGCCGCAUAUUCGGCAACACGCGUCGUAUUUGAGUACCGACACAACGUGGCCUGGGAAUCCGCGGUUACUGCGCAGACCAAACGAUAUUCUAGUCGUAGACCGCCCACAUGAAUGUGUAUUAAUGUUAAGGCAACUAAGUAGUACCAAGCAACCAUGAUCCCCAGCAUCAUCCCUAGCCCCUUUUUCAAGGAAAUCCGGGUUCAGGGAUGGCGCCUCAGGGAUCAUGCACAGCGAUACUUCUAAUAACGGGCGUGAUUCAAUACCACAUCGACCGAUGGAAUGGGGGAAAAGAGUUCCAACAACUACAAGUUCUAGAAGGAGGUGGAAACAAAAAUAAUGAUAGUAGAGAUCAUCCUUCUCAAGAAGACAGCAGGACGACAAGCAGGAGAGGAGGAUCACAAGGCAGCUCUUGGUCAAACCAAGGCGAGCAAGAAGAUAACUAUGCAGGAAAAAAACUAGCGGCAGAAGGCCGCUUGCGUAUAGCGCGACAUGGUCUAGGACAACAGCUUGGUCACGAAGUGGGCGAAUACUUAGCCAGCAUAGAACAGGAAGAACAAAAAGGGUCACGAAGUCUGGAGAUGUGCGGUGAAAAUCAUAAUCAUGUUAGGGACAUUCAUCAUAGCAGCGCGCCGGAUGACGAUGCGGACUUUGGGUAUCAGAAUUCUGUAGAUCAUGAUGGUGACGACACAGAUAGCUAUCUCGAGCAUCUAAAACGCAGAGCAUGGGAGAGAUCUAGGAAUAGUCGUGGUGGGGGAGCAACAGCCAGUGGUAUGAAUAGUAUCACCAACAACAACUACGAGCAGUGCAAGAGAAUGAAUAUAGCAGGAAGCAAAAGGACUGGUACUAAGAAGGGGGCUGCAAGUUCUUUUCGAGGAGCAGGAAACGACAUGGCUUAUCCCUUCCAAUUCGUGACCAGGCAGUUGACCAAGACGCGCAGUUUUUCCGAAUUCACAGAGUUUAGAGCAGUUAUUUUGUUCCCCUACGACAACGAUUUGAUCACCUUCUACGAGUUUUACCAGUUGAGCAUGCCCUUGUGGAUGCCACAACAUCUGAGCAAAUACAUGUUCUCAUUAAGGGUUCCAAGUUGGCCUCAUUAAGGGUCACUGUGUUGACCAUGUCUCUGACCUUUUCAACUAGGAAAGUCAUAGAUAUGCGACCUAGAGCGGUCAACUUGCAAGAACCUCUAAAUUGACAGGAUCAUUUGGAUUACGACGUACGGAUAGGAGACGUGCUUGCGCAACAUCUUCAAGAAGGACCAGAUUCCAACUCCUACUAUUACCCAUUUUUUGGUAAAGAGUAUGCACACGAAAGAGACCCUACAAGCGGGAAAUACACUGCAAGGAGAAAACAGCUUUGGCAGACCGACACGGGUUUUUCGCCGUUUCAAGAAGAUUCAGUGGAUGCAGUAUUUGAAAUACUGAAAUUCACGGACUACUUCCGCUAUCCGGGUGUCCAGUACUUCGUCAGCAUUGGCGAAUUGCUCUAUCUGCUGCAGUCGAAGGCGUAUUCUUAUGGGAAAAAGAACAUGUCGAUUGAAUUAUCCUGUCUCUAAUCUCUAGUUGACGGGAGUGUACUACACUGCAACUUCUGACCUUCUUCUGACCUUCUCGCUCUUUGACUUCGAUGCGAUAGUCUUCGUGUCGACCGCUGAUCGUCAUUUUUUCGAAUCGACAGUUCGUCUAUCCUCUCUAACCCUUCGAGGAGCGAUUGCAAGCGAUCAGUCGCGAGAUGCGGAGGUUCAAUGUGAAAAGUCUCACACAGACUGUAGCUCGAUGGGAAAAAGCUUUGCGACAUGCGUUAGGAGAAGAUAAGUUUGAAAAGUGGAAGCAAGUGGAAUAUUGAUGUUGCGGAUUAAACAAGUGGAACAAUAUUGAUAUUUUUGAUGUUGAGGAGGAUUUUGGAUGUUCGACAGACAUUUCAAUGGCUUUUUUACGCGCUUUUUUAUUCAGGAAGUCAUAACUCGCAAAAAAAUAGUGAUGCAAGACCUCGAAAAAUACGUUUAACUCUGUUAUUGACACGACAAGACUCGAACAGAACUCGCUUUUAGAUCGGCCUCGUCGAUCGACGUUUGACUUUGAACUUUGAUUCCAAUGGGUCUAACGACUCUGCUUCAACACGGC